CAACAACAACACAACAACCACGACCCAAAACACUUGCUCCUCCGCCAGCCCGUUCGCCCAGCGCCAUGUCCGUGUCACCGAGCAGAGCGUAAUCAGCCACCGAGCGCAGUCCGCCCGUCGCCAGCAGCAUCAGCUUCAGCAGUCCCAAUCCCCAGGAGCAACAGGUUGCGCAUCCAAAACUCCCGUUCCACAGCUGUCCGCGGGCCAAUCGCAGUGAGCAGAGCAGAGCAGCGCAGCGUCGCCGGAGACGAGAUCAGCCGGGAUGCAGCAGCGCCGCAAGCAGGCCAACGGCAAUGGAGCCUGCCCCGAUGCGACAGACGUGGAUUUAGACGCUCCUGAGCAGCAAAAGGAGACCGUAAAAGUGGCGGCACCACCGCGACGCGGCUGCUACUUCUCGCUGGCCUUCUCCAUCGGGUCGAUGGGACUGGCCUGCGGCAGCCUGUGGCAGAUACCAAACACCACCGAUCGCAUUUCGCUGCAGCGUGGCCUGUUCCUCACCUCGCUGGGCUUCAUCUAUUUCAUUUCGCUGACGGACUUCUGUAACAAAUACCUGCUGGAGACGAGCCGGGGCCAGGAGUUUCGACGGAAGUACCGCCUCAUGAUGUCCGACGUCCUGGAGAUCACCAACAAAAUUGUUUCGGCCAUCCAGGCUUCGUUCUCCUUCCUUGUCGGCCUCAUCGUCUGCAAAUCGACAUGCACCAAGUCCUUCGUGUACGCCUCGCAUUUCCUGAUGGAGGCAUAUGGCUGGUUUGGCACCGCCUACUUCAUGUACGACAUCUGGUCUAUGUAUAAGGUGCACACCCAGAAGAUAGCCGACAAGCUGCACCUGCUACGCAUCACCAAGGGCCAGGGAUCUGGAUCGGGAUCGGUGCUGAGCAACGGUCAUGCCAAUGGCAAGUCCACAGGUGGCAAUAACAACGGCAGCACUCCGGGCACACCGCACGAGAUCUGUGACUAUGACGGCGCCUGUGUGCAGAUACCCAAGGACGGACGCUGGGACUUCCUCAAGUACGUGCUUACCCAUCCGGUUAUGAUGAUCCACCACGUCUUUAUUGGCACCUUCGGUCUGCUAGUGGUGACGUACAUUCGCGGUGGCGGACACUGCAUUUACAGCUACAUGUUCAUGAUGGAGUUCUCCACGCCGUUCGUAUCACUGCGCAGCAUCCUGAGUACCAUGCGGCUGAAGGAGUCCCGCGUAUACAUCGCCAACGGACUGCUCAUGCUGGCCACCUUCUUCGUGUGCCGAGUGUGCAUGUGGCCGUAUGUGAUGUGGCGCUACAGUCUGGCCAUUGAGGCCGCCUCCCUGUGGACGGCCAUGUGCGGACUGCCGCGUGGCUGCCUGGUCAGCAUUGCCAUUCUGUUCUUGCCGCAGCUCUACUGGUUCUAUCUAAUGGUUCUGGGGGCCCUAAAGGUCUUCCUGCCCCAAAAGCCGAGGCCGCCCAAUGGCACCGCCCUUCCAGCCACGUCGUCGAUGGCGCCACCGCCCACCGCCCUUAUAAAUGGCAAAAACUAGUGCAAAGAUAUUUAAAUGUUUUUGUUUGUUUUCUUCUUUUUUUUUUUGUAUAUCCGAUGUAUUUAUUUGGAGUUCCAGCCGCCGCUCCAUUUUUACGGAGCUCUUCAUUAUUGUUUAUAAAUUUUGUAACAAAUAAUUAUACAACCGCCACCAUAUACCCUAAUAUCGAGCGGAAAUCGAGCCCGGAGCCGGAUAUAUGCCUAUACGAUACGCAUAGUCGAACCGAGACAUAGACAGAGACAGACAGAGACCGACCCUUGUUUAGUUUGUAAAAGACAUUAUUUACUACUACUAAAAAGAAACUAAGAACUAUAAGAUCAAAGUCUAACUAUAGAAUCAACUAAACCAAAAGCAGAUGAAGCGAAUAAACUGUGUAUGUUGCUUACUUUUUGGAAGCACAAGUCCCUAAA